AUGCACGGAGCCGGCAACGACUACGUUUACAUCGAUGCCCGCCAAAUGGAAGAAGAUUGGCCGGCACUUUCGCGGACCAUGAGCGCCAGGCAUUUUGGUAUUGGUGGAGACGGCAUUAUUCUUGUACUGGAUUCGGAACAGGCCGAUCUGCGAAUGAGGAUGUUCAAUGCCGACGGUUCCGAAGGUGAAAUGUGCGGAAACGGAAUUAGGUGCUUCGCCAAAUACGCCAUUGAACGCGAAAUUGUGGCGCGUCCCGAUGAAGGACUGACCGUCGAAACUCUGGCAGGUAUUCGGACCGUCUAUCCCAUUUACGACGAUGACGGUGUCGCAGGUGCCCGGGUUUCCAUGGGAUUCCCCCGCUUGAACCCACAGGACAUUCCCGUUAGUCUCGAUCCGGCGAUGAGUUCCAACGCUGGCCCCGUGCUCAAGUACCCAGUUCAACCCGGUGACUUUCGACUUUUCCUGGCCUUUGUAUCCAUGGGCAACCCCCACGCCGUCACUUAUAUUGACCAGCCCAUUGGAGAAUUUCCGCUCCACAAUAUAGGCCCCCUGGUUGAGGGCCACCCCAUGUUCCCCCGCCGUGUAAACUUCGAAAUCGUGAACCAAGUGGAUGCUUCACACUUGGAUGCCAGAGUCUGGGAACGGGGUUCCGGAGAAACCAUGGCCUGCGGCACUGGAGCUUGCGCCAUCGCCGUGGCAUCAAGGCUACAGGGACUGGUCGAGGACAGGGUUGACAUAACCCUUCCGGGGGGAACUCUGACCAUCGAGUGGGACGGAGAGGGUGAGGUUUUCUUGGAGGGUCCGGCUACAGAAGUAUUUACUGGCGAGUGGAGUGGCAAAGUGCAAUUUUCCAGCAGACUUGGCAAACUGGCUCCCUAUCCCUUCGUUGAAAUUUCUCGAAUUAUUGCGGAGAAGCGGGCUGCAGGAGCCGACGUAGUAACCUUUGGCAUCGGCGACCCGGACAUUCCGACCCCUGAACCCAUUGUCGAACGGCUACUAACUGCAUCCCAGCAUCCACCCAAUCACCGCUACCCUGAGACCGACGGCCUGCCGGCGAUGCGCCAGGCAAUUGCCCAAUGGUACGUAAACCGGUUCGGCGUAAAGCUCGAUUCGGAUAGGGAAGUAUUACCCUUGAUUGGGGCCAAGGAGGGAAUUGGGCACGUCGCCUUUUGCUUCCUCGACCCAGGCGACAUUGCCCUGGUGCCCGACCCAGCAUACCCGGUAUACGGAGUAGGCACCAUGUUUGCCGGCGCAGAGAGUUACAUAAUGCCUCUGCUCGAGGAAAAUGCUUGGCUUCCCGACCUUUCCGCCAUUCCUGAAGACGUAGCCCGAGCAGCCAAGGUAAUGUGGCUUAACUACCCCAAUAACCCAACCAGCGCAGUGGCAAGCGCCGAAGAUCUGGCUACAUACGUCGCUUAUUGCCGCGACCACGAUAUUGCUUUGCUCCACGACGCGGCCUACAGCGAAGUUGGUUACGACGGAUACAAGGCCGUCAGCAUGCUGGAAAUAGAUGGUGCAAUGGACGUGGGCAUCGAGUUCCACUCAUUGUCCAAGAGCUACAACAUGACUGGCUGGCGGAUGGGGAUGGCUGUUGGCAAUGCCGACAUGAUCAAAGCCCUGUUCCAAAUUAAAGCCAACCUCGAUUCUGGCGUUCCCCAGGCCAUUCAGGAAAUGUCCAUGGAAGCCCUCACUGGGCCCCAGGAUUGUAUUAAUGAGAAUAGGGUAAUAUACCAGCGCAGGCGGGAUCGGGUAGUAGAAGCUCUUCGGAAAAUGGGACUGACCGUUGAGGUACCUCGGGCUAGCCUAUAUAUUUGGGCUCGCGUACCGGAGGGAUUCACUUCGGCCGAAUUCGCGGCCCGCCUUCUUGAAGACAUAGAUAUCGUGGUAACUCCGGGGUCCAGCUACGGCAAAUACGGUGAAGGGAGGGAUAAGCUCAUUCCUAAGAAGACUGUCAGCACUGCACCUGGUCGGGAAAAGGCCAUUCUGGUAGCGGUGGAACUGAAGAACCGUGAUCAGCUAUGGGAAUUGGACGAUACCCUGGAUGAAUUGGCCUACUUGGCCGACGCCGCCGGGGCGGACGUGGUUGGUCGAGUAACUCAAAAGUCCGACAGGCUCACGCCUACUUACGUAGGAAAGGGCAAGGUGCAGGAAGUUCAGGAGUUGGCAGCCGAAGAAGAGGCCGACACUGUGAUUUUCGAUGACGAAUUGACACCUACCCAGCAGCGCAACCUUGAAGCCGCGUUACAGAUAAAGGUCAUCGACCGCACCGCCCUUAUUCUGGAUGUCUUUGGUCGCCACGCCAGAACCCACGAAGGCCAGCUACAGGUCGAACUGGCCCAGCACCAGUAUCUUUUACCCAGGUUGGUAGGCCAGUGGUCCCAUCUUGAAAGGUUGGGCGGCGGGAUUGGCACCAGGGGCCCUGGGGAAACCCAGCUUGAAACAGACCGACGGAUGAUUCGGCGACACAUCCAGAAGAUCCAGCAAGAGCUGGACAAGGUAAGGGAGCGGCGUUCCAUUUACAUCGAACGCCGCAAGAAGGCCAGCAUUCCAACUGCUUCCCUGGUCGGAUAUACCAACGCAGGCAAAAGCACUCUCUUUAAUGCUCUGUGUGACGCUAACGUAGAGGCGGAAAACCAGCUGUUCUCCACACUGGAUCCAGUCACUCGUCGUAUUCGUCUACCCUCCGGGGACGAAUUACUGCUGACGGACACGGUGGGAUUCAUCCAGAAACUUUCUCCCAUGGUGGUGGCUGCUUUCCGUGCAACAUUGGAAGAGUUGUCCGAGUCGGACAUUCUCCUCCACGUCCUUGACAUUACCCACCCUAAGGCUCCCGAACAGGCCGAAGUCGUCGAGGAGACGCUGGAGGAUCUUGGCUUAAGCAACAAGCCCCGCAUUCUCGUGAUUAACAAGAUGGACCUGCUGGGGGAGCAGGAAUCGGCGCAGAAGGUUCUGCCGCCAACUGGCUUACAAUCGUAUCCCAACGUCCUGGUGUCCGCGGCCAAGGGCUGGAACCUCGACCUGCUGUUGGAAGAAGUGGAGACCCAAUUGGUAGAGAUGGAUGGCCCUCUUACUGUCCUGCAAUCGGCUGCGGGGGACUGA